GAGACUGUGCAGCCAAUUGGCACGGGCCCUUCAGCUUUGUUUUGCGCUCUUUGUCAAACAGUGCAGCUGAAUUAAAGAAAUAAGUUAUCAGCAAAGAACAUUUUAUGCGACACAUUUUAUACGUGUAUAGGUUUUUGUUCAAGUGCAUGAUGUGUGUGUUAGGUUGUUGUAAAGACACACAGGGUCAGAUGAAGCGGACAGUGUGGUAUUGACAGAACAAUCCUGUGGAAUGGGACCAGUCCUGUACUCUUCUCGCCGCUCCUCUUCACACCGCAACUAGGAAAAACUAGCGCUUUCGAGAAGGAUUUCUGCUUUUACAGUGCGUUUUCAGGAAGUGGACGUAAGCAUAAACCCUGUGCUGCUGUUAUCUGUAUUUUAUAGCAGGCUCCCGCGGCCACCAUGGUCCAGUGCGCAGCGCCUGAGCUGGAAUGACCCGUGCGUAAUGCCGUAGAAGCCUGCGUGGCUCUGUCCGCUUCUUCUCUAUCAAAGAACUCUUCUGCAGCCGUCUCAAGAUGGGCCACCCUCCUCUGGAGUUCAGUGCCUGCUAUUUGGACAGUCCCGAGUUCAGAGAGACUCUCAAAUGCUACGAAUCAGAGGUGGAGAAAACCAGCAAAUUCCUCAAAGACUUGAUCAAAGAUGGCAUUAAUGUCAUCGCCACAAUCAAGGCAUAUUCCGUUGCUGUUCAGAAGUUUUCCCAGACCCUCAACACAUUUCAGUUUGACUUCAUUGGUGACUCUCUGACAGAUGAUGAGAUUAACAUUGCUCAGUCCUUUCAGGAGUUUGCUGGACUCUUGCAGGAAGUAGAGGAUGACAGAAUGAUGCUGGUUCAAAAUGCAUCUGAUUUGCUCAUUAAACCUUUGGAGAAGUUCAGAAAGGACCAAAUAGGAGCAACUAAAGAGAAGAAAAAGAAGUUUGAGAAAGAGAGUGAAAAAUAUUACUCACAAUUAGAAAAACACCUAAGUCUUUCUUCAAAAAAGAAGGAAAAUCAACUUCAGGAGGCCGAUGAACAGCUCGACAAGGAGCGUGUGAACUUCUAUGAAGCUUCAGUGGAGUAUGUUUACCAAAUCCACCAGGUUCAGGACCGGAAGAAGUUUGAUGUAGUUGAACCCGUCCUGGCGUUUCUUCACAGCAUUUUGACACUCAAUAAUCUGACGGUGGAAAUGACUCAGGAUUUCAUGCCCUACAAACAGGAGCUGCAGCUGAGCCUACAAAAUACCAGGAACCACUAUGAGAGCACUUGUGAGGAGCUGGAGGAGCUGAUGAAGAGGAUGACUAGCCCAACCAAAGUCAUUCAGAUGCACAGUUUACUGCCCAUGGAGGGAUACUUGUACUGUCAAGAAAAGUGGGCUUUGGGUGUCACAUGGGUAAAAUACUACUGCAAGUAUCACAAGGAGAGGCGACAAUUGUUUAUGAUUUCCUGUGACCAAAAGACUACAGUCAAACAGCCAAAUACACAGCUCACAUUGAAGUCUUGCUUUCGACGAAAGUCCGAUUCCAUAGACAAGCGUUUCUGCUUUGACGUGGAGGCAGUGGAGAGAAACGCUCCUGUCACUUUCCAAGCUCCUUCAGAGGCUGAGAGGAAGCUGUGGAUGGAGGCCAUGGAUGGAAAAGAACCUAUUUACCAUUCCCCAAUUCAAAAACAAGCUGAAAUGGAAUUGAAUGAAAUUGGAUUUAAGUUUGUGCGAAGAUGCAUCAACUACAUAGAAUCUAAAGCAAUCACGCAAGAAGGAGUUUACCGAACAGUUGGCAGUAACAUCCAAGUGCAGAAGCUUUUAAAUGCCUUCUUUGGUCCAAUAAACCCUGGAGAUGUGGACCUGCAGUGCACAGACUGGGAUGAGAAAACUAUAACAAGUGCAUUAAAGUUUUAUCUAAGGAGUCUGUCUGAACCCUUGAUGACCUACAGUCUUCACAGGGAUCUCAUGUCUGCUGCAAAGUCUGACAAUUUGGACUUUCGACUCAGUGAAAUCCAUACCCUUGUCUACAAACUACCAGAAAAAAAUCGAGAGAUGCUGGAGAUGCUGAUUAAACAUUUGGUCAACGUAUGUGGCCAUAGUAAUGACAACCGGAUGACCCCUUCCAACAUGGCGGUGAUAUUUGGGCCCACUCUCUUGAGGGCGCAGGAGGAGACUGUCGCCGCCAUGUUGGACAUCAAGUUUCAGAAUAUUGUUGUGGAGAUCCUCAUUGAAGAAUACAAAAAGAUCUUCUGCAGUCUCCCAGAGGACAACAGUGCCCGACCUGUUCCUCCCCCUCGCAUCACUCCCCGAACGCGACAGCCAAUCACAAUCUCCAAGCGGCCAGCGCGCAUCUACACAGCUCUAAGUCCAGAGCACUUUCAUUCAGAGAAUGGUCAGAAACUUGGCUCUGCCCUAAGCCCCACUCCCCUACAGCGGACCAAACCUCUCCCUCCAAGAGACCCUCCUCCACGGAUACCUCUGAUGCCCAAACCUGUCCCCCCAAACCGCCAGGACCGCUCCCCAGACUCCUCUGACUCCUCUUCCUUCUCAAAUGGAGAGAUCCCAAUCACUGUAAACCGGACCCAAUCUUUCCAAAACAGACGACCUCCUAAAGAGGGCCUUCGAUCGACAGAAAAGCCCGCCAUCUGUAGACCACCAGUGCGCCCUCCCGAGCCCCCGAGCCGACUCCCCGCUCCACAAAAGAGUCCAGUCCCUGGCCACUCCGACCCCACCGCCACGUCCUAUGUUGCCUCGAAAGCAAAGUUUUUUGAGAAUGCCUCCAAACAAGGUGGAAGCUAAACAAUUCCUCAAAAGCCCUCAGCUAGGAAAGAUAACUCAACAUGGCGCCCUCUGCUUGUGCCAGAGGUGGACAUGACGUAGAGGGGCUUCUCCACACUAAAGUGCCUCAGAGAAAAUCCAGAGAAAAGCUUGGAUCUACGGGUUUAGAGAAGUUGACUGGUUUGUUUUAAUUACGAUGAAUGUGUUUGAAAAAUCAUAUUUAAAUCAUCUGCUAUUGUCCAUCUCAGUAUUUGGUCAUCCUCACAGUAUAAAUUAUUACAUUUUUUUUCCUAUGAGUUAUUUGAAGAUGUCAACAUUUUUAUCUAUUGAAAAGUCCAUAUUUACUGUAGCUUGUACUGAUUGCAGUACUUUCUCUAUGCAAUAUAAAUUACUAUUUGAAUUGAACAUUUGAAAUAGUAGAUUAUAGUUUUAAACAGUAUGCUACAUAAUAAUUCAAAAUUAUAACUCAAUCCUAGAAGCCUUUACAAAUGUGAACAGUAUUUCAAACAGAAUCAUUUGGUUUCUAGUGCUUAUGAAGACCUAAAUGAUUUUGACUGGUGUUGCUGUGAUUAGUAGUCACUGGUUCAUUCUGUAUGACAUUUAUAAUUCCAGUCACUUUACAUUCCCUUUGGGCUGGCACUAGUGACACUGUCCCUGCAUUAGACAUUUUAAGGCAAUUUUACCUGAUACUCAAAGCCUUAAAAAGUAGGUCAAAGACUGUCUAGUUUUAGAAAGGCACUCCAGUGUUUUACAGUGUUACUGUAGUGAACUACUGUAUAUGUAUUUUACUUAUUUGUGAAUGUCCAAAAUAAAUACAUGAAUGUGACAGGCUCAUAUUGCUUGUAUUCCUCGUGACAGCUAGUCUUAACACUACUGGUGUGUGUAAAUGUAUCUGUGAUCAGACAUUAUGCAGAUGUGUCACUUGUUAUGUAUGCAGGAGUGAAUAUUUUAGAGCCAUUACUGCUUUAAACAUUGCUUUCUGUGAUGUGUGAUGGUUUCUAUGGCGACUAAUAAACCAUUUCAUUAGUUGUCGUGGAAA